CUGCUUUUUCUUCUUUAAUCCCUCUCGAACUCUCCCUUCAAUUAAAAUAGAAAACUUGUUUAGGCCUUUUCUUCUCUUUUGCAUGACAACUCCAAACAGGAAUCUACAGUCUAAUCCCCAUAAAUCCAUACCUGUUUCUUUUGAUUCCAUUUUGCUUAAAAUUAAAUUUCACUGCCUGCACUCUCUCAGCCACUAAAAAGACAAAAUUCCCAGGAAAUGAGGUGGGAAAGGCUCCAGCUACAACAAACCCACCUGCAACAAGGAGCUCAGCUGCCACAAGAGAGUAAUGGGCCAGGGAAAAGGUGGGGACAUACCUGCAAUUCGGUUAAAGGAGGGAGAUUUCUCUAUGUUUUCGGUGGCUAUGGCAAAGAUAACUGCCAAACCAACCAAGUUCACGUCUUUGACACUACCAUGCAGACUUGGAGUCAACCAACGAUCAAAGGUACACCACCCACUCCAAGGGACAGCCAUAGUUGUACCACUGUUGGCGAUAAUCUGUUUGUGUUUGGUGGCACUGAUGGGAUGAACCCUCUCAAGGAUCUGCAUAUAUUAGAUACUUCAUCACAUACGUGGAUAUCUCCAACAGUGAGAGGAGAGGGACCAGAGGCACGGGAAGGUCAUAAUGCUGCUCUUGUUGGCAAACGUCUUUUCAUAUUUGGUGGCUGCGGAAAAUCUUCAAAUAAUAAUGAUGAAGUUUAUUACAGUGAUCUUUACAUAUUAAAUACAGAGACAUUUGUAUGGAAGCAAGCAGCAACAUCUGGCACUCCACCUUCUGCACGUGAUAGCCAUACUUGCUCAUCUUGGAAGAAUAAAGUCAUUGUAAUUGGUGGUGAAGAUGGACAUGAUUAUUAUUUGUCUGAUGUACACAUUCUAGAUGCAGAAACUCUUGUAUGGAAGGAGCUCAACACCUCAGGCCAGAAGUUGCCUCCUCGUGCUGGUCAUUCUACUGUUGCUUUUGGGAAGAAUUUAUUUGUUUUUGGAGGAUUUACAGACGCUCAAAACCUGUAUGAUGAUCUUUAUAUGCUUGAUGUUGACACUGGUGUAUGGACAAAGGUGAUGACCACAGGCAUUGGACCUUCUGCAAGAUUUUCUGUGGCUGGGGACUGUUUAGAUCCACAGCUGGGUGGUGUACUUGUGUUCAUAGGUGGCUGCAACAAGAGUCUUGAGGCAUUGGAUGAUAUGUAUUAUUUGUACACAGGACUCACAAGUGUACGAGAUGAACGACGCCUGGAGAAAUUGUCCUUGAGGAAGCAAUUGAAGCUGAAGUGCCAAGAACAAAAUCUUAAUUCUCCUCUGCAUGAGUCAGCUCUUAUUAGAAUUGACUCAAGUGCUGACUUUCACCAGACUGUCCCAACUUAUGUCCAACCAAGCAGAGAGAGUUUGAGAUUCAAUCAAGUGCAGCAUCACCAAGGGAAGAAGACAUUUCAAGCCAAAGUUACUGAAAGUUUCCCACAUGGAUAUACCAUUGAAACCAUCAUAGACGGGAAGCCUUUACGUGGAAUAUUAUUUGCCAACAAGCCUAUUGCCCCCCAGAUGGCUAAUAAUUGUAGUACUAGGAAAAGGCCUGGUGGAGAAAUUGGUAGUGCUACUAUGAAUGGGGACCAAAACAUCAAAUCAAAAACUUCUACAAUCCUCAAGCAGGAUGGAGUAGAUCACAUGCAGCCAGACAACAUUGAUGUGAAGGAGACGACAUCACAUGAACCCAGUACAGAAGCUGCUGGUGCUCCUGAUUUGAAGAAUCUGGCUUCUCCAAAUGUUUCUCAGCUCCAUGAGGUUCCUAAAGACCAAGAUCCAUCUGUAGCACCUUUGAAUUUAAAUGAUGAUAUGAUGGCUGAACCGCCAAACUCAGAUACUGAAUUUUCAAUGAUAUCCAAGGACACUGUCACUUUGUCUGUAAAGCAAGAUGGCAGGACACCAACUGUUGAAGUAACCAGUGCAGUAGGGGAUGACUGUGGGAAAUCAAUUUGAUUGAAGAACAAUUAACCCUUUUUGGAAUGGCUCGACAGAAACCACCGCCUGCCUCUGUACAUUAAGUGACUUUAAAAGGUGGUCAUAGGUGCAUUUGACUGGUGAUAUACAAAUUCUACUCUCUAACUGGUGUGAUCCACCACCUUCUAGUUCUUACAUUUGCCUUUUUGCGCUGACUAAUAGUCUCUUCUAAACAUUAGCUGUUCUAAUACCAUGAUUUGACUAAAGCUAUAAGUAGCUGUGUUUUUGUUUAUAUGAAAUUUGCAAUAUCUUGAUUAGUUACUACUUCAGAUUCAACUACUUACUACGAAGAGAGGAGGGAAAAGAGGUUGCUUAUAAAAAAAAAAACGGUGACUGCAAUCGGGUAUCUUUUUUUAUUAUUAUUAGUUUGUUCUCAAAUUAGCUCAACUGGGGCUCCAAAUAGCUUCAGAAAUGUUUGUUAAUGUCUUUUAGGUUAUAGUUUCAGACUCCACGAAAUUUUCAUUUUCUUUGUAAUUCUUUCUCUGGAAGUAAGUAAAUUAUGGGAUACCUUUUUGUAGAGGUAUCGAUGUUUCUAUUCUUGAUA